CCAGGCUUCGAUUGUUGCUCAAGACACGCCGUGAGUUGUUGAAGCACCCCACGACGUUGUGUGAAUUGUGCAUCCACUUGUGCGCGCGUCGGUGCAUCACUUGUUAAGAGCGUCUCUGUUUCAUGUUCUAGUAGACGUAGCUCAGCGCGUAGUGUACCCCAUGAUUUAGACAUCCCCUCGAGCACACACCCAGUCUUGCAAGUUUGAGAGCGAGCCGGGUGAUGUAUAAGGAUUGAUACAGUGAUACUUGAUGCUCAAGUCGUCGUCGUCGUCGCCAAGAAUUUUGAAACUCCUUUGAACUUGACCUUCACAUCAUGGCCGACGAGAGGAAACGGCCUGCAGGUCUCGCUGCUGCGAAACGUGCCAAGAAGCCAAAACUGCCAACAACAGAGACAACCACCACAACCCUCGAUGCCAGUGAAGCGACGGUUGGUUUACCUGCGGAUCUAGCAGAAGAUGAUCAUAUUGGUGAAUGUAUCGCCUUAUACAAGACUGCCGUCCUAGCAGGAUCAAAUCGUGGUCCAAGCUUAUUAGGCGUUUCUGCUGCUUCGUGGCUCCCACUUGUUCGAGGGACCAUACAUGAAGCGGAUCGGUUGCUAAGAAAUGAAGAUGCUGCGAAGCUGGUCUAUACGAAAGCUUUCUUCAUGGCGUAUGCGAGUGCUUUGCUUGAUUUGAGCGAUACGGUCGAUGAUCUAUCUGCCAAGGAAGGUGAAACAUCACAAGACUACGUUCGUGCUGCUCAAGGACUUGUUGAACGAGGCCUCGAGGUGGAGCAGGGAGAGGAUGACGAGUUGAAGGUACUGCAAGCACGUAUCCAAGCGAUGCAAGUCUAUGAACGUGCAAGAAUCUUGAAUACGGAUGCAAAUACCUCCCAGGAACCUCGAGAGAUUAUCGGCCGAGUAGCGCAGAUUUUGCUCGAUAAAGAAGCCUCUGUCAAGUUUGAUGUGGCCAAGUAUGAAGAGACUGCGAUACCAGAUAUCCUCACACGCUUGUGCAAAGCGCUCAGCUCAGAGCUCUUAUUCUUGCUAGAGACAAAUGACGAUUUGGGCAAUCAAAAUCAUGCAAGAGCUGAAGGUCAAUUGGCGAAUGAGUGCAUUGACAAGAUUCAAAAAGUCUAUGAGGACGCUUUGAUCGCGAGACCCGACAACCUUGAUGCAGCAUUUGGCGUUGCAACGUGCAACGAGCUGAGACAGUACUGCAAAGACUUGCUUGCUGAAACUGUCGAUGACGAAGCGGACCGACAGUUCUGGCAAGCUCAACUAGAGACCUUGCAGAAGUUGCAACAAAGCGCAACAGAAACGAUCAAGAACUCCGAGUCUGUGGUUGACCAAAUCUCACAGGCGAUAGAUGUCGCAUCUGAUAUGCUGAACUCCGACGAAUAAUUUAUCUCUUGUCGUCCUUCUAUGGCCACGACAAGUUCCCAUCUAGGUCA